GGUCUGUGUGGUUUGAAGAAAGAGGCACGAGUGAGGUUCGAGUUAGCACGGUAACCAUUCUUUCCCAGCUCUGUGACUGAGGAGCUGCGGGUGGGGGAUUACAGUGGUGCUGGGCAUGGCCUGGGAGAGAAGCUGGAUGAUGCACUCUGCAGAUAACCCGUAGGCUGCGCCACAGCAGCGCCAAGAAAAGAAAGCAUCUCUGCUCCGGGUCUCCGCGGAAGAGAUGCGGGGACUACGGGUUUCUGAUUCUGAGGUCCUGGAUUUACAAGGCGCCCGCACACAAAGAAAUAACAAAGUUCAGUUCCGGCGGCUUGACCAGCAGAGUUCGAAACGAGGUCUCCCUUCCCUGCUCCGGUGGAAACGCCCCCACGCUCUCACCCCGCCCACAGCAGGUCUUUUAUCCACUGGAGCCGCCAGGACAGACCGCGCGGGGCACGCCCGAAGCUCCCCGGAGGAACUACAAGUCCCAUGAAGCCUCGGAGAGCGGGCAGUGAUGACGAAGCCCUCGCAGAUUGGCAGUGCAGGGCGGGGCGCGCAGGCUUUCUCCGAGUGGAGGGGCGGGGAGCGGGGCGGGGCGAGCAGCGGCCGAUUGACGGGCACGCCCCCUCGCCCGCGGCCCCCUCCCGCCUCUCUCCGCCGCCUCCUCAGGCUCCCCGGUCAGAGGGCCGGAGCGAGAAGAUGGCGAAGACGUACGAUUAUCUGUUCAAGCUGCUGCUGAUCGGCGAUUCGGGGGUGGGCAAGACCUGCCUUCUGUUCCGCUUCUCAGAGGACGCCUUUAACACCACCUUCAUCUCCACCAUCGGAAUUGAUUUUAAAAUCAGAACGAUAGAACUAGAUGGAAAGAAAAUUAAGCUUCAGAUAUGGGACACAGCGGGUCAGGAAAGGUUCCGAACAAUCACGACAGCAUACUACAGAGGAGCCAUGGGCAUUAUGCUGGUCUAUGACAUCACAAAUGAAAAAUCCUUUGACAAUAUUAAAAAUUGGAUCAGAAACAUUGAAGAGCAUGCCUCUUCCGAUGUUGAAAGAAUGAUCCUGGGUAACAAAUGUGAUAUGAAUGACAAAAGACAAGUGUCAAAAGAAAGAGGGGAGAAGCUGGCAAUUGACUAUGGGAUUAAAUUCUUGGAGACAAGUGCAAAAUCCAGUACAAAUGUAGAAGAGGCAUUUUUUACACUUGCACGAGAUAUAAUGACAAAACUCAACAGAAAAAUGAAUGACAGCAAUUCAGCAGGAGCAGGUGGACCAGUGAAAAUAACAGAAAACCGAUCAAAGAAGACCAGUUUCUUUCGUUGUUCGCUACUUUGAUGAACUCUUUCUGAGAGACUGCAGCACACCUAGAGGGCCCUUUCCUGCUUCUCUGAAAGCACAGGUCACCCAGCCUCAGAAUCACACCUCCUGGCUGCUGCUGAGAGCACCACUGAGCUUAGACCUCUCGACACAGAAUGCCAAGUGGAUUCCGGCCUCAUGGCCUAGCAAAAGAACAGGCUCCUUUCUUCAAACAUGGAAGCAGUGAAGUGGAGACACAUGCAGGACCUAACUUGUAUUUUCCUUGUUUUAUUACCUGUCGCAGAAGCUGUUACCUUUCUUUUUCACUUUGCACAUCAGCGUUAGUUACCCUUUCCCUAUUUCAGCACAAUCUUAGACUCACAUUUGCACACUUUUGUGUCACGAAGUUCUGGGCAAAUUUGUACAUUUGGUGAUGUUAAAAGCAGAGCAUUUAGAGCAGAGGUUAAUAUACUAAAAUUAAAGGGUGCUUGGUCUGGUUCAUAAGGUCAAAUAUGACUACCUUGGUAGCAUUUAUUUAAGGGCUUUUUCUUGAAGAAAAAUCAUUAAAUUCAUUUUUAAAAUUUACCGAAAUGCCCAUCUAGUCAUCAAAGGCCACAGUUUCUUUAUUUCUUCAGAUCGUUAAGAGCUUUGCCUCAUCCCUGACCUGUUUGCCAGAGUCUGGGUAGCUGAACGAAUCACUUUUUUAAAAUGAUUACCUCUGCCUGAUCUAUAGAAACUGCAUUUGAAAAUAAUCACAAUCUCGUUUUUCCUUGGGGUUUGUAUUUGCUAUUCUUUCUCAUGUCUGACUUACUGUAAUCAUUCAGUUACUUAAAACUGACAGCAUAUUUGAACAUUAUUAUCUGUUUCUAUCUGUGAACUUCUUGAGCUGAAGUUUUAUGCGGGCUGAGAGAUGAACCAUUUAGAGUUUGAGUGCAGCAUCUGACUGCGGUUCUGUCAAUAGGAUAUGUAACAUAUUUUUUCUUAGCUUCAUUCCUUAGCUGACUGGUUUAGUUGUAAUACCAAAUUCCGACCAUAAUCCCUGUCCACAAAAGUUAACAAGAGUUAGGUAGAUGUUAGUUUGCAUAACAAGAUGUUGUAGGUGUUAGUUUAUGGAAAGCUUACCUGUAGAGAGGGAGAUUAACUUGUUGAUACAAACUUAAUAGAGCUAGCUCUUGGUAAUGGUGAAAAUAGUGAUUUUUGGUUGUUUUUAUUUAGGGGGUAUUUUUAGAAAUAAAAGUACUUAGACCUAGUGCCGCCUCUAGGAAAACUCUUUUCAUUAGAGAAAAUAGGACCAAGGUUUCAGUUUUAAAGCAGCUGUUGUUGGAUGUGUAGAACCCAGUUCCACCCGUUCAGUUCAUUGUUACAGAACUUAGUCCAGUCAUUUGGGCUACAGCCAACCACAAGCUUAGUUGCCUUUUUCAACAAACACUGGCACUGGUAUACUUUUUGUAGAUGGAACCAUCGCGAGGUAUUUAGUGUUAACUUACACAGCAAAUUCAGAUCACUAUGUCAUGGCUGUUACUCCAGCCUUCAGUGUCCCAGCACAGCAAGGGAUGAUACAGAGGGGAUGAGGGAAAUGAGUUCUGUUCGUUAUUCUUCCUGGCAUACCUGCUUUGCUUCACGAAGGCUACUAUCAUGCUGGAUAGGAACAGGAGAUGGAAACAGAAAGGGAUUGCUUCUUACCACAGAGAGUUCUCUUCAAAUUAAGAUGCGGCAUUAGAAUGCUUGGACCAGUCAAUCUUUCACACUUAUUUGAAAAUAUAGGAAGAAUUUAGCAGCUGCAAAUAUUCCCAGGCUAUUUUUAAUAGACAUAUUAACUUGUUAACAAAUUUCAGCCUCUGUCAUUUUUUUUUUGGUAAUUACCUAUAGGCUUAAAAGUCAUCCAUUGCUGUUCUAGUAUAAUUAGUAGUUCUGUCAUUGAAAGUUGAUUGUAAUUUUACUGUCUUAAAAUUAAAUACAUUUUCAAAAGGAAAACAUACUUUUUUAGAAACAUCUUAUAUUUACUAUUUCCUGAAAAAAAUCCAAGCAGUUAAGCUUUCUGGAUGGUAAAAAAGUACUUUCUAAAAGACAAGUGCUAUGACACCAUGUAUGAAUGUAAUUCUCUCAGUAAUUUACCUCUGACUAUUUGGUGUCUUAACACUUUGGUUUAUAUAAUCUCAGGGUUGUCUGCAAACCAAAACUGACAUAUUCUGUGGUUAGCUUUUGUUAUUAUUUUUAACAUAAUGCUUUGAUUUGGUUGUAUUUCUUUUUUCUUCUUUUGUCUUAUAUGGAUUAAUAACUAGUCUCCAUGAACUUCACUUGAAAGAGCCUGUAAAAGUUAGAAGAGUCUAAAAGUGCUCUUUGAAGUAGCAGCGCAUUGGGAGGAUAUGCUCUGUUAUUUAGAAAUAAAUCGUCCUUGCUAUUUUCUUACAUUUAGCUUUGCUAAAUUGUAUAUACAUUGAGCUAAGACCUUAGGAAAUUCACUUUCUGCAUGGUAAAAUGACCCAAUAAAUAUUCCCCUUUGCUUAAUAAUGUACAUAUAGUGCAUUAUUUUUUCUAUUUGUAGAUGAAUUUAAUGACAGAUAAUUGUCUGUUCCCUGCUGAAACUGAAGAAAUCUAGUUUUUUGUGAACCUUUUUGUGGUCUUAUGGAUACGGUACCUGAAGAUUUUUGCAGCAGUAUUAGAAGGUCAGUGGCUGCACUUUAUUAUCAGUGUAUUACUUUUUGACCAUGGUUGGACUAGACCUUUCAAGUAGAGUUGGAGGGUAUCAGACAGUGAAAAUGUGCUGUAACUAAGUAGCAUGUAAAUCAGUUGAUUGUAAAAUGUUUCACUGGGAACUUAUUUUAGCUAUAUUUUACUUCAGACGGAUUAUGAUAAAAUAAUCUACCUGUGCAUCAGUUAGUAGGUGCUGCAGGGUUUCUUACUAUUUACAUAAACAUUUUGUGCAGUCUUUGUUAUAAAUUUUCAGAGGACUACUCUUUACUUUGAAGGACUAUUUUUCAAUUAUACCUCAUUUAGCUAACGAGUAUUCUCAUACCUGGUAGAAAAACAGUGAGCCAGCCUUUAAGCAUCUAACAAAAUUUAGAUUGUUUUGUUUUGAACUGAAGACAUCAUUGGGAAAAGUAGGAAUUACUAGUUUAGAAUAGAGCAUACAUGUCAUAUCUAGUAGCUUAAAAAAUGUAUUAUCUCCCUGCCUCCAUUAAUAAAUUUAGCUGUGCAAUAUAGGUGCGUUUUUGCAGAAGUUUCUAAGUAAGAGAUUAUAACUCCAUUCUACAGGUUCUGAUGCUGUGAGUCUGUAUUAAGGCUUCUAAAGCUUUUCCUGUGAUCAGUAGGUGACACAUCUAAGCAGACGUUCUUUUCAAGUUCAUGACUUAGAUUCCUUUACAAAUUUAGUUGUCAGUCUUUAAAGAUGAGCUUCUAAGCUUAAAAAUUUAAAACCACGUUUCUUAUGUUGGUUUACUUACUGUAAAUUUUAAGCACUCAUUUCUGCAAUCAGGUUUCUUCGAUUUUUUUUUUUUUUUAACAGAAAAGACAUUCCUUUUCCCCUGUUACAUCCAAAGGGAGUGCAGGGGUAGGCAGAAAGGAAUGUCUAAAAAUGAAAUCCCUUGAUAUAGAGGGACCUAGACAGACAGGAUAUGCUAAAAGAAUUUCAAAUUCUAGCACAAUUUUAGAGUAGAAUCAGUCUUUUUUUUUUUAGACUAAUAAAAUUAAUGGCUGUCAUGUUCACUAUGAAAAAAUCUAAAUGGCUGAAAUGUAGAGAAAUAAAGAUUAGCAAACAAUUAUUUUAGGGAUAUUUUCAGAUUUUACUUCAUUUCUUGAAAUGCGUGUGCCAUAUGCAAUUGCAUUUCUUGUGCCAAUAAACUAAUAGAACUUACCUUUCUUACCUUUCUAAAAAAUGUGAAUUUAGUAGUUCAUUUCUGUGGCCUUACAGGUGGGUUUUACUUUUGUUUGCAGCUGACACUGCAGUUCCUCUCAUGCAAACUACCAUAAACUAUUUGAUGAAAAUCAUGCCCCUAAUGGAAGCUCUCUAGUUUUCCCUAUAAUUAUUCUACUGUACAAGUUUAAACAUAUUUUAUUUUUGCUCCAAUGGCUUAAUGUGAAAAGCUCCUGCAGAUAAGUGGACCCGUCACGUGGUUAAUCUUGUUUAAGCCAAUUCAUUAACUGUGUACUGAUACUGAUGCUGUGUUUUUUUUUACAUGGAUUUCAUUCCAGGUGAACUUUUUUUUUAUAAUAAUGUUCGUCUAAAAUAAAAACUACAUAAUGAAAAUGAAAAUA